UGACGUAAGCAGUGGCCAGUAAACAUCGAUCGUCGCUGAUCAAUGUAGUAAUUUGUGAAUGGAGCGGUCUUCACACUGGGACGGAAUUGUGAGUUUAUUAGCGCCAAAAAGGCCGUCUGGCGGACAAAUUCCGGCGUUGAUCUUGGGCCUGCUGAUAGCAAGAUGAACGCCACGACUCUGUAUGUCUCUACAUGUCGGUAUAUUCUACAAGCCGAACAUAAUGACCCAAAUACUUGGAGUGAUCUUUACCGACGGCUGCCGUAUUUGCGACAGUCGCUUUCCUGCUGUGUGUGCGCUGGGCUUCUCAAAGAUCCAAUGGGUCCGUCCAACUCGACUUGCCAGCACUUCGUUUGCCGGGGCUGUCUGGGCGGUAAAAUGCUACUCAAGCCCUCCUGCAGUUGGUGUAAGGAUUACAGCAUGUUUGUGGAGGUCAAACAGUUACAAAUUCUACUCUCUUGCUACAAGAAGUUGUGUGAAUACAUAGCAGACACACCGAUUGCACGGAACCUUGUUGGCGCUAACGGAGGGACAAACAGCCAUAGCUCCGGACUAUCGAUUUUACAAGAAGGGAUGGCGAUAAACGACAGCCAUUAUGAACGUAGUAGGUCGCAAGAUAUCUCAGGGUUUAGUAUUGUGGAGUAUCUGGCCAAAGCAAGUAUGAAUUCCACCCAAGGAUCGGGGAGUAACUCGGUGCAGAACGGUCAUGCAAGUGGCGCAGUGACACCGCACGACCACCCGGAAGUGGGAAGGGAGUCGCAGGGCGUUCUCAACCAUACGGAAGCGCUCAAUGGCAGUGAAGCGGAACCGUAUGUGUCCAUUGAUGGCACUGUGGACGAAUACUCAGUCACCAUCAGUCCUAACUCAGACAAUAGUUCCUCUCCAAAGAUUAAGAUUAAGCGUAACAAGAGAAUGGAGCUGGGUCAUCCCUCUCAGUCCAAACCCAACCUCCAUCUUGGGUUGAGCAUCGCAAAGGUCAAGCGGAAGUAUCAGCGGAGGACCAAGAACCUCCUCCUUUCAUCAUCAAGCUCCUCCCGGCUGGGGGCAUCUAAUGGACUCAUCGACCUCCACUCCUUGUCCAACAAACCCAGAAAACUCGUCAUUUCAGGUCAUCGAGCCAAACUUUUAAAAGCAGGACGUAAGCUUGAAAUAAAGGAGGGGUGUCGCUGUGGGACAGGGAGUAAAUUCCCUGGACUCAACACCUGCCAGGGACAUCGCUGUCCAUGCUUUGUAUCGGAGGUGCCCUGUACAAAAUGCCGCUGUAAAGGUUGCAGGAAUCCCCUCAAGUCAUCAGAUGUAGGAGAUUAAUUCAACACUUAUAGCCGCAAUGUGCCUAGCAAUGGUUGUCCUCUUGAAGAUAUUUGAAUUCGGACAUCCUUAGGUCUGAAAUGGAGGUAGACACAUGAUAGAACUAGAAUUAACUCCUGAAAUUUUUCUUUGGCUUGGUCUAUUGAUUGGAUGCAGUUGCGGCUUUGAGCCGUGUAUAGGGGGCUCUUGGUGGAAGAUGGGGUUCCCCUGGCAUGUGUUAUAAUUGUUCACUUCCAUCUGUUCAGAGAAAUAGAUGACAAGAAUUUCUCUUGACAAGUACAUUUAAAAAAUAACUUUAACACAGCUUGUUGAGGGGCCAGGAUAGAUAAACUUAAGGAGGUAUCUUUCUCAUUGAUUUAAAAAAAAUGAUCUCUUUUUACAAAAAAGCUUGCUAAGUUUGUUUUGCAUAAUUACCAAAGUAAUCACAUUAGAAAACAUUUUCUUUCCUCAUAAUAAUGCGAAAUUGUAGUUUGGCUUCUCCAAAAUAAAAAUUACAGCCACAACUUCCAUCAAAUCAAGAACACUUUCUGUUCUGCAGUUUUAAUUAGUUGCAGAGUUGUUCACUUAAGCUGAUAUAUCCACGUGUAUAAGUGUUUAAUUGGUAAUUUGCAUAAUAUGUUUUGAUCCUUGUAAAAUUAACAUUUAGAAAAUCGCCCAAUUUCAUUCAAUCUGUGUGUUAAGGUACAUGUAGAUACUAAAACUGAAAAGCAAAUUUUGUACACACGUUGAUAUAAGACGGCCCUUUGAGAUCUAUUAAAGAUGUAUAAUGCUACUUCGUACGGGUAAAAUGUUAAGUUAUUCUGGUUACAUUUGGUGUACAUGUAUAUUAAUUCCUUUUUAUUUGUAGCCUUCACAACUAAUUUCUAUACAUUAUUAUUAACCUUAAUAGACCAAAGCAUCUUGUUUUAAUGAUCACUUAAGGGGAAUACUCUGUAAAACUAAAAUUGGUUAUGCAGACUUUGUUUCAUGAAGAUUUCCUUUCUAGUUUUUUCCCAUCCUAGGUCAAACUGUGUACAUGCAUUUUUAUUAGGUUUGCUCGUUGAUACUUGCAGUUCAAUCAUUCUGGUUUCUUGGCUAGUGCAUAUUCAGCAGAUUUUGGCUGUAUGACCAGACAGGGGAAAAAGUGCACGAAAAUGCUAGCUACGGCUUCAAGAUUAAUAAGUCGCGCGUCCAUUCUUUAUCUGAAUAUGUUUACCUAAUUGUUUCCCUCUUUUAGAUACGGGGAAGAAAUUACAUCAUGGGAUACAAACAUAUUAUUUCAAUAUUCACCAUGGCAACACAGUUCAUGUUAAUGUAAUUCUUGGAUGUAGAAAUUUUUGGGGUUUGAAAAUGUGGAACAUUGGACAAGAUUUGAAUUAAAGUUGAACUUGAGGUUCCAAGAGAUGUACCCUUUGUUUACCUGGUUUUUGAUGAUCAGGAAAUGGAAGUCGUUAUAGGAUUGUUUCGCUGGUAGACAGCGUGAAAUGCGAAGACGCCGUCAUUUAGUUGUAUUUUCAGGGAACAUUUCAUAUUGUUUUGCUUUUAUUUCAAUUUGUGAAUAUGCAAAUCAGUGUUCUGACUGCAAGGUCAACAAUGUCUCGAAACUGAAAUAUGAAAAAUCCAUUUUCCUUAUUUAAAAUUUCGUUUGCUUUUACAUUGAUGAAACGUCCGCAAAAAAAAUUCACAAAAAGUUGCAUAUUGACGAUUAAUUCUCGAUUGACCACUUUGAGAAGAGUGUCAACUCUGUUGUUCAAUUCCGGAACUCUGUACAUGUCAAGUUAGCACGAGAUUUAAAUGAAUCAUUUUUAUUUUGCAAGGAAGCUAUUUUUCUUUAGCCGUAGAAAUUAUAACUCAUAUUUCUACAAAAAAUAAAGUGUCUGUUUUGUAAUGUAAAUAGAGUGGUUGUAUAUUGGCGGUACACGGGGACGUCACUUUAAUUAAAGUGUACAAAAUAAUUGGAUGCAGAAAAUCUCGUGCAUAACGCAUGGGCAAGUUUCUGAGAUGUCUUCAUUGUACGAAAACUUCCGUUAUAUGAUGAUUGCGGAAAAUUAAAGAUGGGAAGGUCUUAAAUAUUUAUAUAUAAAACCCAAGUUUGGGAUCUUUCGGUAGUUCUUCGGGUUUUUUCCGUAUGGACCCUCGCGUGAUCCUGUUAAUUUCUUCGAAGCCACCUUUGUAUAUUUUCUCCCUAAACGAUUUUCUCACUAAACGAGAAAGUCGUUAUCUAGACUUCUCCCCAGUGGCGUCGUCUUGCGUCAUUUAAUAUGGCAAAAUUAGCCCCUAUCGCUUUUUGGUGUCUAAGUGUUGCCAUGGUUACAUUUGCGUUCAUGCUUAAUAGUCAUUAUCGGCAGUUUGUCAGGCGAUUCAUGCUGUUGUCUCGGUCCUUCAUUUGAUAAUAAUUCAAGGUUCUUGCGCCCGCUCAAUAGCAGGAGUAAAUGAGAUGGACAACAAUCCAGGUAGAAAUUUAAUCAGCAGGGUUAAGUCACGUUUGAAGCUACGCGAAUUUCAGAAUUAUAGCAAUUCAUUUAAUUUCAUAUAUUUUGCAGUGGUUUUGUUUAUUUCCAGUGAUCACUUUACCAGCUCCCAACGUGACUACAGGGUAUGGGUCGUAAUUAAACCCACAAAAUAAAAUAAAUACAUGUACGACAAGUGGGAGCAAAAUUAAAAUCCAAAAAACGUAAACGUGAA